AUGGUGUUUUCUGCAUUCCAACAACGCUUUGUGCAGCUUCUUUUGGUCUUGUUUGGUGUCGUAUUCCUCUUCUUCAAGCUGAGACCGAGCAUAACCGCCUCCACCCAGCAGGUCUGGAGUGACCAGCAUGAUUGGGACAACUUCGAUGCCAUCAGAAAUGAAACCCUUGGGGUGCAAAAAGUCUUUGCUAUUAACCUUAUCAGCCGGCCUGACAAGCGGGACAAUAUCGUUCUAGGCUCAUCCCUCAGCAAUUUCCACGUCGAAUGGAUCGACGGCGUGACUACAGAUGAAGUAGAUGCUAAAUCCUAUCCAUAUAACUGGGAUCAUGGCCAUAAACAGACUGAGUACGCUGCCCGACGGGCGCAUGUCAACGGACUUCAGCGGAUUGUCCAAGAAAGAUUAGCGAGUGCUAUUAUUAUGGAAGACGAUUCGGACUGGGAUGUAUCGAUCAAAGUCCAGCUUCAGAGCUUCGCCCACGCAGUCAGAGCCCUCCAGCUCCAGGAUACCCAGAAAGCUCCGACUCAGUCACCAUACGGUGAUGACUGGGACAUUCUAUGGUUGGGCCACUGCGGCAUGUCAUGUAAAACUGAUUUGCCAUUUUACCUUACCCCGAAUGACCCGACUAUUCCAAUGCCCCAUCACUUUCUCCCUCAGUGGCGCGACCCUCCAAUAUUCGAGGGUUACGAGAGACACAACCACAGCCGACUUGCGUGCACAGCAAAUGACGCAGUCUGCUCAAUGUUUUAUGCUGUGAGCUACAGGGGUGCGCAGCGGAUCCUCGCGGCCCUAUCGGUCAACCCGUCUGGCCUCGCAGAAGAAAUCGAUAUUGGUGCCCAGUUUGACGUUUCUGUUGGACGCAUGUGUGGUAAUGGCCAUUUGAAGUGUUUUGCACCUUACCCAUCUAUCACGGGCGGAUUCCAUCAGCCAGGGCCAAGAGCAAAAUUUUCCGAUAUCCAUGAUGAGACCGGCGAGGAAGAAAAGUUUUUCAGUUGGGGGGUGAUGUAUAGCACAAUGCUCAAUAUCAACCGUAUUCUGAAGGGAGAACGGACCGUUCAUGCAACAUGGGGUGAUGUAGAUGUGCUGGAUGUGAUUCCUGGAGAGAUCACAAUGGUGAAGGGGGCUAUUUACAUUCCUAAGCAAAUAAAUUGA